AAUGGACAACAGCAGACCAGUGGCUACUGAGGAGAUGCAUUGGGAGCGGGAGAGGGAUGAGACGAUUCAGCACUUUCAUCAAGGGCACUUGUGGGAAGGAGCUGGUGUCAUUCUGUGUGAGAGUGUCCAGGUUGUUCAACAUGGACUGUGAGGACGCAGGUCAGAAACACAGAUACCUGGCCCUGCUGACUGUCAUCAGAGCCAUCCAUCUCACAGAGGGAUCCAGCAUCAUGGCUAUCUGUCACAUACCACGAGAUACAAUGAUUAGCAUUCUAUCCGGUGAGCUACCCGACAGUGCCAGAAAGCAGAUCAUCGGUCAGAUGUAUAACAAAGCUUUACAUCGGCUGCAGCACUAUUGGCUUCCUCAGUUUCUAAGAUACUGCAAGGACUCACUCUGGAGAGCUGCAGAGUGCAGCCACAUCGUUCAGGAGUACAGCGCCAUCGCAUCCCACUCUGCUCCUGAGGAUGUGCCUGGCAUACCUGCUCGACUGGACCCAGGCCUGGGACAGGUGAAGGAGGCAGAGCUGACUGGGAGUGCAAKUGGGACCUACUGCUCCAAAAACACCAAGAGACUCCUCUGGAUGCGCCAUGAGGAACCACAGAACAGAUCCGUAAUGGCAGCCCGGGAGGCUGAGAAGAUCCAAGAUGGACGUCUCUGUUGCCAGUGGCUUCGUCUUGGGGGUGAAACAGACCAGGAACYGUGCACUAAUGUUGUGCAUAGAAGUCAAACCAAAUACCAGAUUGAUGCCACAACUGAACAAUACCGCAACAUGCCUGACGAUGCAAAAUCCCAAACCUGCAGCAAACAAACCAGCAAAGUGGAUAACCUCAAGUCCAGCCACAGAAGUGGUAACUUUCUCCCAAACAUUGAUGUUGAAGGGGUCCAGGAGGGAGAAGUACUUAUUCCACACACCUGUAUGGAGACUCCUGCCUACUACCAGCCGUCUGURUUACCAGUUCCCCCUGKACCAGCAACUCCAGAGUCCCACCGCUACAACUARKUUCAGCCUGCCCUGUCGGCUGACAGCUUGGCUGGUGGGCCCUUAGCUGCCUUCCUGAGGGCCAGGGGACUGGAYAGAGAGCUGCAGCAUCUGGGGCUCUGGCAGGACCUGGAGCUGYUCCUUAGCCUGGUGCUCAGGGCCCAGGGAGAUGACUCCCUCCACAGCCAGAGACAGGCUGUGGCCAGGAGGAUCACACACACCUACCUGGGGGAGAACGCAGAGAGGGUAGGCCUCCUGGAGAGCGACACCAGCAGGCAGCUCCGUAGACUCCUGCCCUCUGGAGCAGUCAUACCGUGGAUAUACACAGCCAAACAUGAGAUCUGUAAGGUGCUUUGUGCAUCUUACGAUUCAUUUUUGGACGAAGAAGACAAACAUUUCUGUUCCUGUCUGGAGAGUGCCGGUGUGAACUGUGGUCAGAGGUUAUCUGCUAGUGGCCAGAACACAAAAGAGCAGCAGGUCAGGAGGAUGAGGGAGGCUCUGGCCCUUUGUCAGUCCUGUUGUAGCCAUGGAGCCACAGAGCAGCCCUCUGAUUGGCAGGAGAACUGGGCCCUGAUGGCUCUAGAGGACGUGAAGAGAGGAGGGUCUGUCCACCUGCACUACAAAAAGACUGAGCCACUUGAUCUGCCGUUUGACUUGCUGGCGGUGAGGUACCCAAAGCUGGCACUGGAGAAUCUGAGUGUUAACUAUUUGCUGUAUCAGAAGAAGAAGCCUUUCUCAGACGGCGAAAGCUCUAAGCCAGUGUCCGCUGGUUCCUUGAUGAAGAAAGCCCCUCUGAUGUUGAAGAAAGACAACAGUUUUGUUCGCGCGCCGUCUAUGAGGCCAAGGUCGUUUGGAGAUGUGUUCCGGAACCCGGUGAGUCUGGACUACUUCAAGCGCUUUCUGCGRUUCCACUAUGCCCAAGGAGCGCUGCUCUUCACACUGGAAGUAGAGAAGCUGAGAGCCAUCGACCGGCCCAAACCUCAGAAGAUCAAAAUCCUCGCCAUCGUGAAUAAGUUCUUACGCCGGGAGGACCCCAUGGGCUACCUGCAGUGCAAUGCUGACAUCAUCUCCCAGGRGGCACAGAUGAGAACCGUUUCCUGUGAGGUUCUCUACACCAUCCAGGACCUGGUCACCAAGUCACUGGAAGGAACAUGGUUCAAGCAGUACCAAGACACGUUCCCACCCGGUCCUGCUGUGGGCUCAGACUCCUGCCUGAGAGGAGCCAUACUGAAGACCAAACUGAAYAAUGUCUGGCUGGUGUUUUGCCGAUUCAUCAAGACAGUCUGUAAGUUUCAAACCGCCAUGAAGGAUCCUCGCACGAGGACUGAGUUUGAGCUGUACCUGAGAAUGAGCUACCGCCACUUCUCCGAAUCAUGUGACUCCCGUGCCCCUCCUAAAGAAGAGGGGGAUACCUCCCACAUGAAGAGAAGGGUCAUUAACGGUAAAGUCAUCAUCAUUGACUUCCUCAUCAACGACCUAUCUUUUUACCUGGAGAGUGAGAGGUUCAGGAACCUGGCAGAUUCAGGCACAGUGAUGGCGUCUGCAGGGAUGUAUGGAGAGAAUGACCAUGCUAUGCUACACCAGAAGGCUGACAUGAUCAUUAAGAUUUUCCUCAAGUCAGAGAUCUCUCCCAAACUCAGGAUAAACAUAGCUGAGACCCAGAGGGAUGCCAUACUGCAGCUGUGCUCCACAGGGAAAGUAGACAGAGGACUGUUCCACCCAGCUAURAUAACCAUCUUCCCCAACCUUGUCUUCUGCUGGAAAAAGUUCUGUAYUCAGAAGUUGACAAAGAACCUGGAUGGAGUCAAGGCUACUAAGAAGCAGGAGGUCUCCUCCAUCCCAGACUACAUGGGCCCGCUGCUCAUAGACAACGACUGGUACCGUAAGGUCAAAACCAUCAUGUCCAUGACAGAGGACCACACCACUCUGAGGUUUACAGUCCACCAUGGACUCAAACUGAUCCUGCCUCAAGCCAUACUGGAUCUGAAGCGGUCACACAAUAAUAUGCCACUGCCACACAAGGCCCCUAGUCCCCAGAGAUUUGUGCCAUCCUACAGCGGGCCACACGCUGACCACCCAGUGUUGGACGCACAUCACAAACCCCAGCGACACAGUUUCCACCCACCACCAGCAGAGAGCAGCAUAGGCCAAGACGGAUCCUCUUUCUGA